AUUGAACAUCAGAACAUGACUACAUUGCAGGGAUGGGUGCAACAGUUCAGACAUAGUGAUGAUAUCAAAUCAUUUGGUUCAAAAAUGACUCUCCAUGGAACCCACAAGGCAUUCAGUUUUCGAUGCUUCGCUGCCAAUGGGCGUGGCUUUGGCGCGGAUUCGACUAACAAGAGAAAAAUUAAAAGCAAGAGGAGGCCAAAAGAUGUUGCGGUGGAACCGAGUAAGCUGUAUUUCUCAAUAUUUGGUCAUCCAUUGUUCUUAGGGGUGCCAGAAUUAAGAACUGGAAGUGAAAAUAGAUCUGGUAAACAAGUCAUGGAUAAGAAAUUUCUGCAAAAAGUGGAAGCAGUUAGAAGGUCUGCACUUGAGAAAAAGAAAGCUGAAGAGAACAAAGAUUAUCAAGCUAUUGAUUAUGAUUUUCCAAUUGAGUCAGAUAAAAGUACAAUGGGCUUUGGUACAAGGGUCGGAAUUGGCAUUGCAGUUGUUGUCUUUGGACUAGUCUUCGCUUUUGGGGAUUUCCUUCCUUAUGGAAGUGUGAGUCCUAGCAAAGAAAGUGCAGUAGUUAAACAAAAGCUUUCUCAAGAGGAAGAAGCAAAAUUUAAGAGUGAACUACAAGGUUUUGAAGCAACACUGAGUAAGUCACCUAAUGACCCUACCGCUCUUGAGGUGAACUGUCAUCCCUAUGACUUAUUGAACUGUCGACCUUUUUGUUAACAUAUCAAAUUAGUACUCCAUGAUAGAUAAAUAGUAGUUGUGAUAGCCAUUAGGAUGUGAACAAAACACAAUUACUCCAUGAUUCGUUCUUGUUCAGAUUCUCUCUACUAGAACUGUUACCUUCAUUCAAUGAUAGCCAUUAGGAUCUAAUUCAAUGAAGGGUUUGAGUCUCGCAUUUUCUUAAAUCAAAGAGGGAGUGCAGUCCACAACUUCCCAUCCAGUUUUUUUUAAUCACUAUAGGUUCUUCCUAUCUCCACGAUUGAUUUGUCCUUGG